CUCAGCCUUCACCCUGCGGGUGCACCUCAAGAGAGCGGCGGCAUGCGGCACUCCCUGGCUGGCCCACUGUCUUCUGACCUGCUGUUGACCACCCCCAGGAGGCCCUGACGCCCUGGGGCACUUCCGCUCUGCACAGGACCACGCUGGGGUUUGCCAUGGUGACAUAAAGGGGUGUAGAGGAAGGAAGGAGCAAGACCAGCCUGUAGACUGUGCCCCUGGCUGGGAGAGAGGGCCAGGGGCCCGGAUCCUUCUCUCCGCUGCCCUUUGAACGUCUUACUUCUAAGUGUCUGAAUCUCUCAGUCAGUGGACAGCUCUUGGGCCUCCUGUGUGAGGCCUUGCGGGGGGCCAGGCCAGGCUGGGCCUCUGCGGGUUGAGGUCUCGGGGGCCAGGAUGCCUGCCCUGGCGUGCCUCCGGAGGCUGUGUCGGCACAUGUCCCCGCAGGCUGUCCUUUUCCUGCUGUUCGCCUUCUGCCUGUUCAGCGUCUUUGUCUCUGCCUACUACCUGUACGGUUGGAAGCGGAGCCUCGAGCCCUCAGCAGAUGCCUCGGAGUCUGACUGUGGGGACCCUCCACCCGUGGCCCCCAGCCGUCUCCUGCCCAUCAAGCCCGUGCAGGCGGUUGCCCCUUCCCGAACAGACCCCCUGGUGCUGGUCUUUGUGGAGAGCCUCUAUUCACAGCUGGGCCAGGAGGUGGUGGCAAUCCUGGAAUCUAGCCGCUUCAAGUACCGAACAGAGAUUGCACCCGGGAAGGGGGACAUGCCCACGCUCACUGACAAGGGCCGUGGCCGCUUUGCCCUCAUCAUCUAUGAGAACAUCCUCAAGUAUGUCAACCUGGAUGCCUGGAACCGGGAGCUGCUGGACAAGUACUGCGUGGCCUACGGCGUGGGCAUCAUUGGCUUCUUCAAGGCCAAUGAGAACAGCCUGCUGAGUGCACAGCUCAAAGGCUUCCCUCUUUUCCUGCAUUCGAACCUGGGCCUGAAGGACUGCAGCAUCAACCCCAAGUCCCCACUGCUCUAUGUGACACGGCCCAGUGAGGUAGAGAAGGGCGUGCUGCCCGGCGAGGAUUGGACUGUCUUCCAGUCCAACCACUCUACCUAUGAACCAGUACUGCUGGCCAAGACGCGCUCCUCCGAGUCCAUCCCGCACCUGGGUGCGGAUGCGGGCCUGCAUGCCGCACUGCAUGCUACUGUGGUGCAGGACCUGGGCCUCCACGACGGCAUCCAGCGUGUGCUGUUUGGCAACAACCUCAACUUUUGGCUGCAUAAGCUGGUCUUCGUGGAUGCUGUGUCCUUCCUCACAGGGAAGCGCCUCUCACUGCCUUUGGACCGAUACAUCCUGGUGGACAUCGAUGACAUUUUUGUGGGCAAGGAGGGCACACGCAUGAAGGUGGAGGAUGUGAAGGCCCUGUUUGAUACACAGAACGAGCUUCGCACACACAUCCCAAACUUCACCUUCAACCUGGGCUACUCAGGGAAAUUCUUCCACACAGGUACCGACGCUGAGGAUGCUGGGGAUGAUCUGCUGCUGUCCUACGUGAAAGAGUUCUGGUGGUUCCCCCACAUGUGGAGCCACAUGCAGCCCCACCUAUUCCACAACCAGUCUGUGCUGGCUGAGCAGAUGGCCCUGAACAAGAAGUUCGCUGUCGAGCACGGCAUUCCCACAGACAUGGGGUACGCAGUGGCGCCCCACCACUCCGGUGUGUACCCUGUGCAUGUGCAGCUGUACGAGGCCUGGAAGCAGGUGUGGAACAUCCGUGUGACCAGCACAGAGGAGUACCCCCAUCUGAAGCCUGCCCGCUACCGCCGUGGCUUCAUCCACAAUGGCAUCAUGGUCCUCCCUCGGCAGACCUGUGGCCUCUUCACACACACCAUCUUCUACAACGAGUACCCUGGAGGCUCCAGUGAGCUGGACAAGAUCAUCAAUGGGGGAGAGCUCUUCCUCACCGUGCUCCUCAAUCCUAUCAGCAUCUUCAUGACGCACUUGUCCAACUAUGGAAAUGACCGCCUGGGGCUGUACACCUUCAAGCACCUGGUGCGCUUUCUGCACUCUUGGACCAACCUGAGGCUGCAGACACUGCCCCCUGUGCAGCUGGCCCAGAAGUACUUCCAGAUCUUCUCUGAGGAGAAGGACCCACUUUGGCAGGAUCCUUGUGAGGACAAACGCCACAAAGACAUCUGGUCUAAGGAGAAGACAUGUGACCGCUUUCCAAAGCUUCUCAUCAUUGGCCCCCAGAAAACAGGCACCACGGCCCUCUACCUGUUCCUGGGCAUGCACCCGGACCUCAGCAGCAACUACCCCAGCUCCGAGACCUUUGAGGAGAUCCAGUUUUUUAAUGGUCACAACUAUCACAAAGGCAUCGACUGGUACAUGGAGUUCUUCCCUAUUCCCUCCAACACCACCUCUGACUUCUACUUUGAGAAAAGUGCCAACUACUUUGAUUCAGAAGUGGCACCACGGCGGGCAGCUACCCUGUUGCCCAAGGCCAAGAUCCUCACCAUCCUCAUCAAUCCAGCCGACCGAGCUUACUCCUGGUACCAGCACCAGCGAGCCCACGAUGACCCAGUGGCCCUAAAGUACACCUUCCAUGAGGUGAUCACAGCUGGCCCUGAUGCGUCCUCAAAGCUGCGUGCCCUCCAGAACCGUUGCCUGGUCCCUGGCUGGUAUGCCACUCACAUUGAACGCUGGCUCAGCGCCUUCCAUGCCAACCAGAUCCUGGUCCUGGAUGGCAAACUGCUGCGAACAGAACCUGCCAAAGUGAUGGACACGGUGCAGAAAUUCCUCGGGGUGACCAGCACUGUUGACUACCACAAAACCUUGGCGUUUGACCCAAAGAAAGGAUUUUGGUGCCAACUGCUUGAAGGCGGAAAAACCAAGUGUCUGGGCAAAAGCAAGGGACGGAAAUACCCAGAGAUGGACUUGGAUUCCCGAGCCUUCCUAAAGGAUUACUACCGGGACCACAACAUCGAGCUCUCUAAGCUGCUGUAUAAGAUGGGCCAGACACUGCCCACCUGGCUGCGGGAGGACCUCCAGAACACCAGGUAGCCUCGGCUACCACAGCCAGACAGAACGCUUGUGUUAGCAGGGAUGUCCUGCCUCACACUGAGCCAGACUGACCUGCCGAAGGGUGCUGGGCCAGGCCAGCCAAAAGCAACGAGCAAUACUCUGCGAAGGCCCGUGGGGCCGGAAGCCCAGGCAGGUCUGCAAGCGCCUCAGAGCAUCCGCCGCUGGAUGUGUGGCCUGUGGGACCUCUCUGAUACCGGAGGUCCAUUCCGUUCGCAGCUUCCCUGCCUGGGGAGACCACUUCCUGUUGGUGGAACGUCGUUCCCUGGUGAGAGGAGUCCUGGAGACUCUCUCCUGUCCCUCACUGUGUGCUGCCCACUCGUGCCCUUCCCUCUGUCACACCGCCACCCCUGCUCCGGCAGGGUGUCCCCUCAGUGUUAGCUGCCAUAUUUCCCUGUCCUCCAGACAGUAAGGGAGAAGAGUGCAGCUGGGCCUUUCGCUCAACUAGGGAGAAAGACUGGGCAUGUCCGUGAGGGUUUUGAGCCAGGCUCUGCCAGGGUUUAGCUGGGCACCCGGAAUCACGCAUUGGAUUGGAUGUGAGGGUGGCCAUCUUGAGAGGACUUAUGACCUCUGUAUUUGGGUUAAUAUUAUCACAUCUCAUCUCUUCUUUGGGGGAGAGACUCUCUGGUCCCUAUAGUAUCCACCUAGUGCUCAUGGUCUCUUGUAGGCCCUGGGCCACUGCCAUGCCACUGGGCCUAGAGAUCUGGGCCUUAGCCCUGUCCUAUUCACCUGGAUGUGACUGUGGUGUUUCCUGUGGUAACGGCUGAGGCGAGUCAGGAGUCUGCCAGUGUCCAUGCUCCCGUGUACAUACAUCAUUUUACAGCCACUGCCUCGGCCCAGCAGACAUGGCAGAGUUAGCAAGACUGCUGUCCACUGCUUUGCCCAGCAACCUGUGGCCGAGGGUCCCCAGAGACCCCUUAACCUCCCAAAUACUAAGAAGCUAAAGUAUUUUAAUAUUUUGUGUUUUUUUUUCUUGGUGCCAGAGUUUAUACCCUGGGUGCUGGGGUCGCACUGUGUUUUAUAUAUAUAUAUAUAUAAUGUGUAUAUAUAUAUUAUAUUUUUUUUGGUUGGGUUUGUUUUUAAUUCAGUCAUACACAAUGGUGGCAAGCCCUAACCUCAAAGGGUGUCAUAUCUUAAUGCUAGAGAAGGAGUUGGGAGGGAAGGCAAGUGUUUCCGGUAAGAGUCUAGGCCUCAGGGAGAUGGCUUGUCCCACAGAGGGGACAGAGACGGUAAGAUGGAAAGGAAGAGCGACUCUCUCCAGAAAGUCUGGGUUUACAAGCCUAGUGGCCCUGGGGUGUUUGGGCCACAGGGAAAAGCUGGGCUGGGGUGGGAGACCCCUGGGCUGCCCUCCCCCCGUCACAUGGUGCUAGGUUGGGAGCUGCCUUGGAGUGGGACGCCCACAGGGACCCACAGAAUUGUCUCCAGUCCCUGCAGACACAGGGUCUCUGGCUGUUUUCUGCUUGGUUUCUGUUCCUGCCCCCCUUUUAACAAUGUGAAGUGACUGAGGUUGGGUUGCCUUUCUCUGCCCCGCCCCCCAACUGCCAAUUCAACUGUCCACCAGGCGUCCAGGACAUUCUGGCAUUCUGGGCUUGGAAGGGUCCCAAGAUGGGCACAAAGUGGGUCCAGGAAUGGGAGGUGGCCUUGGUCAAUGUCACCGAGGCAUUGGAAACAGUACCGAGAGCUAAGUUCAGGCCCCUGAUUCUGAGCCCUGUGCUCUUCCAAUACCACACUGCCUCGGAGCCUGUCCUCGGGACCCUCCAGUGUUUCAGGUUCCUGUCUUUCCCUCAGUCACAGCUGUGGUCAUUCCAGGACACGGGGACAAACCACUCUUUCCCAGCCAGGUGCCUUUGAGCCUUCCCCUUCCGAGACCUGCACGCCGCUCUUCCUGCUGUGUUCUCUUGCUUCAUUCAUCCUGGUGGCUAGGGCUGUCUUCAUUCUGAGCUGGCCUCUCCUUGAGUUCUCCACUGUUGUGGAGAGUGUUGGGUGCUCAGGGGAGCCUGCAUGCGUGGUUUCGGGGUGCAAAGCCAUGUCAUGUCAUGUUUCUCAUUGGGGUCUUGGAGCCUGUGGAGUACCUGAGGACAGGGUUGGGUAUGCUCAAACGUCUUGCCAGCAAGCUGUAACCAGACUCAGAGUUGGUCAGAGUGUGUGUCCUUAGCCUCACUUCCCACCUGUCAUGAGGGUGGCUCUUGUAUUCUGAAAGUUGCUUCCUAUAUGAGACCCUGUGAGAGCUGAGUUAGGGUGCUUGGAGUGGCCCCUGUACAGCAUGCAGCUCCAUUAGCCUCUGCCUCUGGCCUCAGGUGGAAGCAGGCAGGUUGGAGACCCUGGCAGACAGGAGAUACUCUGGGGUCUGUUUCCUUCUAAGACCCUGGGGGCUGCCGUCUGUUCUAAGCCUGUAGGUUAUUGCUGCUACUCUGUCCCUUCUUGUUACUGGACCCAGACUCUGGCCCAGCUUGCAGAUACUGGGUCUUGGAAAGUAGCUCAGUUUGUCCUAGGACCUCUCAACUAGAAUGACUGGAAGCAUUUGGAAAAUCAAAAGAAGGUUGAGGGAAUUCGCUUCAGUUGUUUAGGCCACUCCCCUGUCCCUUCUGCAGUCUCUACCAGAAGCCUUUGCCUUAUGGGUGCAGAUCAUCUGCAACUGCCUCAGUCAUUCCUGGUUCUAGAGCUUUCUGUGGGGCAGGCACCUCAGAGAGCAUGAGGUUGAAAUGGACCUUUUCACAGCCUGAUGGAUGAGCAGUUAAUGCUUCCGGGUCUGCUGAUGGCCAGCGGAGGAAAACUGCUGGCCUGUCCCACCCUGGAGCCCCAGGGAUAUGUCAGUGGGAAGAGCGGGUUCAGAACCAUCCCACCCAGUGUUGGCCUGUGAGUGCCAGCCACCCUCCAUCUGGACUGAAGGAGGUCAGCAUUUGCCAGCUUGUCUUCGUUCUCUGUGCGUGGACGUGUUGUAAAACCUAUAAGUUGCAGGUACCAUGGGACUGUUGAUCCCUACUGUUGCCCUGAAAGAUAAAGGCCUUCUGCCAGACCAGCCAGUGCCACAGCCGACACAGCCACUAACAGCUGCUGUCUAGUCUGUACCCAAAGGUUCCCACCCCCCACCCCCGACCUCCUGGCAAUUAUACCCGCUUUUAGUAUUGGACCCAGUCAGGGCAAGAACAUUGUAUCUUAUUACAAAGUUCCUUUGAAUGCUAAAAAGGUCUCCCUUUGCCCAUUUGAUUUUUUUUUUUUUAAUGUUUGGUUUUUGUUUGUUUGAGACAAGGUCUCAUUAUGUAGUCUCGGCUAGCCUGGAAUUUUCUGUGUAGACCAGGCUAGCCCUGGAACUCAUAGAGAUCCACUUGACUCUCAAGAGCUGAGAUUAAAUGUGUGCACUUACCAGGUCCAGUCCAAAAUAGUAUUUUGUUUGUUUUAUUGAGACAGAGUCUCACCAUGUAACUCUGGCUGUUCUGGAAAUUGCUGUAUGAACCAGCCUGGCUUUGAACUCAGAGAUCCACCUGGCUCUGCCUCCCAAGUGCUGGGAUUAGAGGUGUGCGCCACCACUCCCAGCCCCCAAAAGGUAUUAUUUUUAAGGCCAGAGGGUCUGUUGUCAUAUAGAAGUCCCACAUUCCAGAUCCAGUGUUUCCUCAAGGGUGACUGUGCUUUUUGUGCUAAUGUGGCAUUUCCCUCUGCCUAAGGUGUGGCUCCUUCCACUACCACCUGUAGCAAGGGCCAGACCAGCCUGGAGGAAGGGAGAGGGCUCCCUGAAGAGGCAGCAUCACGUUGGGAGGGUCUGAGGGUACUACGGGGUGGAGUGGACCGUUGAACUGCCCCAGGGAGGCCAGGCUGGGCAUGGAGUUGUCAGAAUGAGUGUAUACAGCUUUGAGGAGCUAGGCUGCCCCGUGCCGAACACAGCAUCCAUGUUUCUCCACCUCUUCCCUUCUCUGUCUUUGUUCUGGCUUCCCUGCUUCUGUUCUGUGGUUCUGGGGUCUUCACUUUUUAGAUGGUCCGUGUGCACUGGAGCAGAAAUAAGACCUCAGGCUAUGACGGGAAGAUGGAGAAGUGCCUCCUCUAGGCUGCGGUAUGAGGAGCACGGGGUACAGUGGGUGGUCAUGUGACCGUCUUCCUCCCCAGG